AUGUUUGUGUUGCGCCCGUGCGUGCAUUUCGCGGGGAGGAAAAUACGAUCGGGGAUGCGAAGCGAGACCCCAAUUCAUCAGUCCUCCUCCUCCUCGAGAUCUCCUUCACGAGACCCCUUCGGUGGCCCAGUGCCUGGAUGUACCUUCUAUGGAUGGGUCUAUACAGCGGGAGUGGCCUUGCAAGGCUUUGUACAUGAAGAGACCUUCGUGAUCAAUUCCAUCAAAGGACGUGACCAGGUGAUUCGCGGUGUGCCAGUGGCAGGUGUUGAUGAGAACGGCCACGGGACCAUCCACUUGCACGUGCGCAGGGACAAACAAAACUAUGAGUUUAGCUUUGCACGUGCACUGCCGGGAGAGAAACUCAACUUGAUCGUCACCCACGUGACCAAGAAUCGCUUGAAAAAGAAAGAGAUUGCAAAUUUUCAUCUUGCAAUUGAUGAGCGCUGCUCUGCUUCAAUUGAGGAGGUGACGCCACGGUGCCAGCACUUUGCAGAGAAAUGUGGUGGUUGCUCCUUUCAAAAUUUGAAGUACGAGGCUCAAUUGCGAGAGAAGUUCGAGCUUCUGAAAAUGCGAUUGAAGGAGUACGAAGUCCAAGUACCAAGGGCUCCCGUUGAUCCACCAGUACCAAGUCCUCCUUUUGGCUGGCAUGCGCGCACGGAGUUUCGCGUUUUUCUUCGGGAUGGCUUGCAGAUGGGUCUUCAUCCAGAAGGCAGUCCGGUGCCCGUCCCUUUGUCCCGAUGUCAUUUACACCCAGAAGCUGCACAUGAAGCCUUUCAGGCUUUGCUGACUGCUUUGCGAGCUGCCAAGUGCACACCCUUUGAUGAACGGACCGGCCGUGGGUGGUUGCGCCAUGUGGUGCUUCGCUCAGCUCACGCCGCAGGACUGGUGGAAUCUUUGGCCACCUUGGUAACUGUUGGGGAGCCCCCUCGUGAAGUCUUGAACCGUGUAGCAGUGGUGGCCAUGCAAAAUGCUCCACGACUGGUGGGAGUGACAUGGUCAACGGAGGGUGAGGAAAGCUUGAAAUCCCCUGGCUGGCGCAGCGUCGGACAGCAAAGUCACAAAGUGCUGGCCGGAAGGUCCUAUUUGAUGCAUGAUGUAGUGGGGAUGAAGCUAAAGAUCUCCUCCGAAGCUUUCUUCCGGCCGAACAUAUUCCUAGCGGAGACCUUGAUUCAAACGGUCUUGGAGAUGAGCGCUGUUCAACCUGGCGAUGUAGUCUGGGACACCUUCUGCGGUCAAGGGCUUUUUACUUCAGCUUUCUUGCAAAUGCAUCGGGACCUUCAGAUGGUGUGCAUCGACCGGUCGCUGCCAGCGCUUCAGAAGCUCCAGCAGAAUUUGGCCGAGUGGGGCCACGCGAGCUCCGCAGAGGUCUUGCACGGCGACUUGGGAAUUCCUGCGUAUUUGCACCGGCUGACCGCCGCGCUCCCAGACCAACAUCGAAAAGGACCAGGAGAGUUGGAUGAGGCCGACGAGGCACAUGAGGCCGACUUGAAUUUCGAGGAUGAGGUGGAAGAAGCUGACAUACCCUUCCAUGACACACCCUUCCAGGAGAAAGUUCCUGCCUCCUUGCCAGCACCUCAAAUCCUUUUAGUUGACCCUGGGCGCAAUGGCAUGCCCAAGCCAUUUCGGCGACACUUGCUUGACCUAGAGGUGGCUCGGGUUGUCUACAUCAGCAGUGGGCGAGCGCUCCUGCGAGACUUGGCUUACCUGACAUCACGUGGAUACAAACUCGAAGAGAUCAAGUGCUUUGAUCUCCAACCGCACACGGCAAAGUCUCUCGAGGCUUGCCCCUUGCAUCUCCUAUGCUGGCUAUUGUUUCAUGGUAGCUUCACUUUUCAUUUGCUGGCACUGGGGACGAUGCAUUGUUUGGGUGCAUUGACGGUUUACAUAUUGGUGGAUGAAGCUGAACUUGAGAGUUUUAAUGUGCUUAGCAAGCUGGCCCUGGAGCAGAAGUACAUGGAGACUAUGCAUUGCUCUUUGCAAGGCAUGCUUUCGAGUAUAUUCGAUGCUUCCUGUAUUUGCAACGAUGAAGGAGACAUUCGUUGCUGGGCAGUCUCUCCGAACAGCGGUGAGGCAGUAUCGUCGAUGGCAAACGUCACCAAUUUGCUGGAUCUCACGGAGGAUUGUGGAGAGCAAGGGUCUUUAUCAGAGUUUUUGCAGCGGAUGAGCUCCAAAGCCGCCAGCCGUACAGAUCGAGUAGAGACACUCACUCUGAAGCUGAAGAAGAACAUGGAGGUCAAGCUCAGCGGAAUCAAAGUGCCAGCGCGUCGCCAUGGCAACCGAAGGGCAUCGAAGUCUUCUUCCAACGAAGAGAACCGAAUGCUGAUUGGUUUGUACCUCGGAUGA